AAUGAUUGAAACAGAUGAAGUGACCACAUUUGUAGUAUAAAAAGGGUGACCAGCCCAGUAGUUUCCAUCACCUGCAAGCAACUAGUGUUGGUUCCUUGGUUCCUGGUUGCAUUACACUACUAAACUAUACUACUUAAUCACCACUUCUUAUUACAAUGGUUGCUGUUGAAGUUCCCACGGUGGUGCUUCCAAACUCCUCUUCCCAACAGAGGGUGCCGGUGGUUGGAAUGGGUUCUGCACCAGAUUUCACCUGCAAGAAAGACACAAAGGAAGCAAUCAUUGAAGCCAUAAAACAGGGUUACAGACACUUCGACACUGCUGCUGCUUAUGGCUCUGAGCAAGCUCUUGGUGAAGCCUUGAAAGAAGCCGUUGAACUUGGCCUUGUCUCUCGCCAAGACCUCUUUGUCACUUCAAAGCUUUGGGUCACUGAAAACCAUCCUCAUCUUGUUGUUUCAGCUUUGCGCAAAUCUCUCAGAACUCUUCAACUAGAGUACUUGGAUCUUUAUCUUAUUCACUGGCCUCUCAGUUCUCAACCAGGAAAGUUUUCUUUUCCCAUUGAAGUGGAAGAUCUCUUGCCUUUUGAUGUGAAGGGUGUGUGGGAAGCCAUGGAAGAAUGUCAAAAACUUGGCCUCACUAAAGCUAUUGGGGUCAGCAACUUCUCUGUAAAGAAACUUCAGAAUCUGUUGUCUGUUGCUACCAUCCUUCCUGUGGUGAAUCAAGUGGAAAUGAACCUUGCAUGGCAACAAAAGAAACUGAGAGAGUUUUGCAGCACAAAUGGUAUAAUCAUAACAGCAUUUUCACCUUUAAGGAAAGGUGCUAGCAGGGGCCCAAAUGAAGUGAUGGAUAAUGAUGUUCUGAAAGAAAUUGCAGAUGCUCAUGGCAAGUCCAUAGCUCAAAUUUCUCUGAGAUGGUUAUAUGAACAAGGAGUCACUUUUGUUCCAAAAAGCUACGAUAAGGAGAGGAUGAACCAAAAUUUGAAGAUAUUUGAUUGGGCAUUGACAGAAGAAGAUCAUAGUAAAAUAAGUCAAAUCCAUCAAAGUCGUUUAAUCAAUGGACCCACCAAGCCACAACUCAAUGAUCUUUGGGAUGAUGAAAUAUGAACUACUUCUUGGUGUUUGAAAUCCAUGUAUGUUGUUAGUAUGUAUGAAGAGCUUUGGAACAAGCUCAGUUCACUUGUGUUGAGGUUUAAAUAAGUGAUUCUACUUCUUGUUUGUGUUGCACAA